UACCUGCCCUUUAUUCUUCGGGAGUUGCAAAAGGAGCUUGCAAAGCAAGCGGUUUGUGCAAAGCUCCAUGGAAAUGUGUGAACGGAAUCCCCUAAAUCCUGGCUAUGUUGGUUCUCUGCUGAAUUUCGCUGCCCCAGAAUCGCUCUACUUCUCCAACCUCCGCGGCAAUGGGGCCCACAUUCCGGGGCUGCAUCAGCUCCCUGCGUACGGCAGGAGGGAGGUGUGCGCGCACCCGUGGUCUCCAUCAAGUUCGUGUGCCGCGGCUCCUCCGACUCAGAGCCGCGCCUACGGAGGCUUCUGUCCGUCGCCUGGCGGCUCCACCGGCGGCCUCGUCAAGGCGCACCCGGAGGAGCGCGACGAGGCUCGGUGCUUUCGAAAGACGGAGGAGGCAGGCAGACCGGAAGAAGCUGCAUACGCGUCGGGACAGGGGAUCCGUGGGUUCUCAGAGUUGGAAACAGGGUCACACUGCUCUGAGACUCAGCUUAAUUCGCAUUCAUCAGCUCCUCUGAGCGGCACCAAACAGGAGCACAAACCCACGGAGGCACCAUCCAAUGACCCGUGCUCCAGGACCACAUUUGGACAAGCUGCCCCCUGGUGCUCCUCACACGUGAAAGCACGAAAGAAGAGGAAGCCUUACACGAAGCCCCAGCUCGCUGAACUUGAGAAUGAAUUUCUGCUCAACGAGUUCAUCAAUCGCCAGAGGCGAAAGGAACUGUCAGACAGACUCGCCCUGAGCGACCAGCAGGUGAAAAUCUGGUUCCAGAACCGCAGGAUGAAGAAGAAGCGCCUCAUGAUGCGCGAACACGCUUUCUCCUCGUACUGAUGUGACCUUUGGACUUGAUCCUGCGCCGGCUGAUGGGCAUUAAUUCCAGACAUGAUGUGUCGCCCAUCCUCUCUGCGACCUGUAUGUCUUCGCCGGUAUUAAUAAAUUGUACAUUUCGGUUUUAUUAUCCGGGGCCGUUGGAAGGUUUGUGGAGCGGAUUGCUAGAGCACAAAGCGCACAAUUGUCAAGCUGCAGACCGGAUGUUGUGAGGCUAUAUUCGCUCCUGUCUGCGGUCUGUCUGAGGCAACACAAGCACUUUGGUUCAGUUUAGGAAAGGACUGAAGGAAAGGAUUGUUUUAGGUUGAAUUGGGACUAUUCAUACUUCAUAACACUGAGUUUUACGCGGACAAAUUGUGUUUCGUUGGACCGAAUUGUUAAGCUGCAAAGAUGGCGUUUCUUGUCUUAUAGAGCGCAAAGCUCUUCUGGCUCAAAGUAAAUUAUAAUAGUGUAUAACACUUUCAGUAUAAGGCCCUUUUUAGGGGAAAAAUGUGUCUUAUUAUGACUCAUGUUGUUCCCUUGUAUAUAAUUACUGUUUUGUUAUAAGAUAUGUAGGUUGUUGUAAACUAAAUUGUGCUUGCAUGCCCCUGUUUCGCCAAAGCAAAAUUUCGAUCCGCCCGUUGAAUUCACUCUAAAUCUAUUUUGUAAUCUUACUUAUUUUUUUUAUUUUUUUACUUUCAUGUUUUAUUUGCGCUGCGCAAAUCUUCCGUUUGGGUGAAUACAUGUUCAAGUGAGCAACACAAGUGCAUGUGCAAGGUUUUGAAGGCGCUCAAUUAGACACACUUGUUUUUUUUUUUUUUUUUUUUUUUUUUUGUCUUAGGGGCAAUCAAUUGCAACAAAACAAUAGCUUUACUCUCAAUUUAUUGUCCACAUGGUUUUAGGAUUUAGUUGAUCACGUGUUGAAAGUUUUUGAGUGCGGAUUUGAGUAGUUUUUAGCACCAGAACGCAUGUAACUGUGGGGAACAAAACAGAAAGACGAAGAAAAAAGAAAAGAAAACGUGACUGCUCACCUUCACGGACAGUGGGAAGAAUGAGAUGAGACAGGAUACAACAUUACGAGAGAGGCAUCGGUAAAUAAACGUAAUUUUAAAAUGUU